GUUUGGUUUCUCAGUCCUUCCUCCAAUAUCAAUUUCGUUUUCUUCUCUCAGUCUACUACUUCAGCUUCAUCAUCGUGAAUCCAAAGAAUGGUGAUGUUGUGCGUGCAAUUGAGGUUUUUUUUUAGAGAAUGCUACAGAGGGAUGGGGCUUCUCUUAGUGCACUUGUGUCGGGGCUUAUUCAGAAUGGUGAACUGGAUGGAGCUGCCAGGAUUGUUGGUGGAUGUGGGAAGAGGGAUGAGGGUUUGGAAGAUUUGGUGGAUGCUUAUAAUACGUCGGUUGCUGGUUAUGGUUAGAGAGGAAGGGUUGAAGAGGCUAUGCGCCUUUUCGAUCAAAUACCAUUUCGUCGUGAUAAGCUUCGCUUUGCUUUCUGUCAAGCCCACACAUCUCUCUCCCUCCAAAGCCCAGAUCACUUCCAAUCAGAAUGUUCCAUUGAUCAGAGCAUAGUGAAUCUCUGUGAUCUGUAUGUGGUCUUGAAGAUGUCUAUCACCAAGCCAUUAAAGAAAUUAGUGUCGUGUGUUAUCCUUGAUUUGGAUGGUACACUACUACACACAGAUGGCAUAGUAAGUGAUGUUUUAAGAGUUUAUUUGGGCAAGUAUGGAAAGAAAUGGGAUGGGAGGGAAGUUCAAAAGAUAGUUGGAAAAACACCACUCGAAGCUGCAACUGCUGUUGUGGAGGAUUAUGGGCUAUCUUGCACAACGAGUGAAUUACUCUCAGAGCUUGACCCAAUGUUCUCAAAUCAGUGGUGCAACAUCAAAGCGCUUCCAGGUGCCAAUCGGCUAAUUAAACAUUUGAGCGGUCACAGAGUGCCAAUAGCAUUGGCUUCAAACUCUCCAAGGGAAAACAUAGAAACCAAAAUUUCUUUUCAUCAGGGUUGGAAAGAAUCCUUCUUAGUUAUCAUUGGAGGUGACGAAGUAAGAUCAGGAAAGCCAUCUCCUGAAAUAUUCCUUGAAGCUGCUAAAAGAUUAAAUAUUGAACCGUCCAGCUGUCUUGUCAUUGAAGAUUCUCUGCCAGGUGUGACAGCCGGGAAGGCUGCUGGAAUGGAGGUAGUUGCUGUACCCUCUCUGCCAAAGCAAUCCCAUCUCUUUACUUCAGCAGAUGAGGUGAUCAACUCUCUACUUGAUUUGCAUCCUGAAAAGUGGGGCCUACCUCCUUUCAAAGAUUGGAUAAAAGACACUUUGCCAAUAGAAUCUUGGCAAAUUGGUGGUCCUGUCAUUAAGGGAUUUGGUCGGGGCUCAAAAGUACUUGGGAUCCCUACAGCUAAUCUAUCCACCGAGCGAUAUUCAGCUCUCCUUUCAGAACAUCCCUCGGGAGUAUAUUUCGGUUGGGCUGGAUUACCAACGCGAGGUGUCUUUAAAAUGGUCAUGAGUAUUGGUUGGAAUCCUUAUUUCAACAACACUGAAAAGACUAUAGAGCCGUGGCUGCUUCAUGACUUUGAUGAGGACUUCUAUGGGGAGGAAUUGCAUCUUAUCAUAGUUGGCUACAUACGGCCUGAGGCCAAUUUCCCGUCUCUCGAGAGCUUGAUCGAAAAGAUCCAUGAGGACCGGAAAAUUGCAGAGGAAGCUCUUGAUCUUCCAAUGUACUCAAAAUUCAAGGAUGACCCAUAUCUUAAAGACUCUACAUAAGGAUGCCACUGGAAUUUCCCGAACUCUUAUUCUACUUCAUUGGCUAAUUGCUACUGGAGUUUGAAGCUGUUGCACUCAUUAUUGAGACAAAAACAUUCUUUCAUUUCGAGUCAUUUCAUGAAACAUAAUGGUGUGCAUCAUAUAUCCCAGACUCAUUUUAUUGUAUUGUAAAUUACCGAUCACUUCAUAAACAUGAAAUUACUGAAAUGAUGAUUGUCGAUGACUGUAUCUUCCAUUUACUCACAAGUUAAUAAAACUUGAAGUUACGUA